UGCAUGCAAAUAGCUUUGGCUGAAAUCCAAUGAUGGAAUCUUGUCGAUGUUGCAGCAGCUAACGUUAAUAACAUAAGAUCUGCGCAAAUACAGCCAGUUAAAAGGGCACAAAUUGUUACCGCCUGAGGUUUGUCGACAUCUUGGACUCUGGAGUGAUUCUGGACCUCUGAAAGAACAGAUUCUCCCACACUCCGCCACGACCUGCUGCCACCCUGGCGAUGUCAAGAGUCCCGAGUCCCCCUCCCCCUGCGGAAAUGUCCAGCGGGCCUGUGGCGGAGAGCUGGUGCUACACUCAGAUCAAAGUGGUAAAAUUCUCCUACAUGUGGACCAUCAACAACUUCAGCUUCUGUCGCGAGGAGAUGGGCGAGGUCAUUAAGAGCUCCACCUUCUCCUCAGGAGCCAAUGACAAGCUCAAAUGGUGUCUGCGGGUGAACCCUAAAGGGCUAGAUGAGGAGAGCAAAGACUACCUGUCCCUCUACUUGCUCCUGGUUAGCUGUCCCAAGGCUGAGGUGCGUGCCAAGUUCAAGUUCUCCAUCCUCAACGCCAAGGGAGAGGAGACCAAAGCCAUGGAAAGCCAGAGAGCAUAUCGGUUUGUCCAGGGGAAGGACUGGGGCUUUAAGAAGUUCAUCCGCCGAGACUUCCUGUUGGACGAGGCCAACGGUCUUCUGCCUGACGACAAGCUCACCUUGUUUUGUGAGGUGAGUGUGGUGCAGGACUCUGUGAACAUCUCGGGUCAGAACACCAUGAACAUGGUGAAGGUGCCUGACUGCAGACUGGCUGAUGAGCUGGGCGGGCUGUGGGAGAACUCGCGCUUCACUGACUGCUCCCUGUGUGUGGCCGGGCAGGAGUUCCAGGCCCACAAAGCCAUAUUAGCAGCACGCUCUCCUGUCUUCAGUGCCAUGUUUGAGCAUGAGAUGGAGGAGAGCAAAAAGAACCGAGUGGAGAUCAAUGACGUGGAGCCAGAGGUCUUCAAGGAGAUGAUGUGUUUCAUCUACACAGACAAGGCCCCCAACUUGGACAAGAUGGCUGAUGACCUUCUAGCAGCAGCUGACAAGUAUGCUCUUGAGAGGCUGAAGGUGAUGUGUGAGGAUGCGCUGUGCACCAGUCUGUCUGUGGAGAACGCUGCAGAGAUCCUCAUCCUGGCAGACCUGCACAGCGCCGACCAGCUCAAAACACAGGCUGUGGACUUCAUCAACUACCAUGCUGCCGAAGUUAUGGAGACGGCGGGCUGGAAGUCCAUGGUGGCAUCCCAUCCUCACCUGGUAGCCGAAGCCUACCGCUCGCUGGCCUCGGCCCAGUGCCCCUUCCUGGGACCGCCCCGGAAACGCCUCAAACAGUCUUAACACACAUACCACCACCCACCCUCCUCGCACGCACAGGGGAAAUCCCUCCCCACCACAAUUAACGCCUCUCCCUCAACCCCUCCGUCCCAUAUCUGAACCUGCUGUAUUCGUCUUCUGAGAUAGAGGGGGAAAUGGAAGAGAAAAAGGAGAAGGCCAACAGUCAGGAUAAGAAGGGGAUGUUUUGUUUACAAUGAGCUGCUAGGCUAUGCUAAAAACCCUCUUUCUCCUCAGCUCUGGCUUAAUGAGGUCGGUGUUUGUUGUUGUGAACCCGUAACCACAAGAAGACCUGCGUCCUUCGAUGACAUGGGUCAGCCACAUCCCAGGAUGUGGAGUCUACCAACUGCAUAGGAGAUUGGGGGGAGGGAGAAAUUGGCAAAUCCAACCAAGCCCACAAGAAACACUCUUUCGAACAUGGAGGAUACAAGAGGAUGAGUGCAAAGUGGAGCGAUGCAAAGCAAGGCCUUCACUGCACAUGUGUAGAUUAGCUUCGUCUGUCCCUUUCAUUGUUCUCAUUGGUUGACAACCAUAGGUGCAGGUGUCAAUCGAAAAAAGGGCCUAUUUGAUAGACUGGUUAGGUAGAGGCAGCAUGAAGGAAUGGGCCUGUUUACCACGAUGACCUAGGGGCCAAGGGCCUGUUCAAAGACUGUGGAAACCCUGUUUUUAAAGUAGUGGGGAAAUGUUGCACUAAUGUUACAGGUCAGCCCUUUGUCAAAUGCCGCUGUAGCAGCAGCGAUACAGAGUACUGUAGUAGAGAAGCACACAUAACGCAAGCUUAGUGGGCGAAACCGUUGGACCGCCAAGGACAAAUACCCUUUAACCUUCAAGCUAGCAAUGGGUCAUUUUGACCCCUGAGGCAUAUUUUUUAUCAUAGCCCAGAGAUGGUUUAUUAAAUUCUUUAGAUUUUUCAUGACUUUGUCAACCAACUUGUUCUUAAAAAAUCUAAAUCAUUGUUUAGUGUUUCUGUGUCAAUGUGGACAAAAAAUUAUACUGCUUUGGAGUCUUUUUUUUUUUUUUUUUUUAACAAGUUAGCCAUACCAUCAGAGGGUGGAGGGAGACCUGUAUCUGUGAUUUUGACCAGAUAGACAGAUCAUUUGCAGAAAUGCUGUAUACAUGUAACUGCCAAAAUAAAACACCAACAUAAUAUGUCUUCAUAGGGUGUCAAGAUAGGGUAUAGGGUGCCCAUCUCAGUUGUCUGUCUUGGUACCCUAUGAUUCGAAAAGUAUGCUAUUUGAUUUAACAUCCAGGGAAUGCAUGAUUUUAUAUUUUUAUUUGCAACCUGUCAAAAUAGGAUCCCGAAUUAUCAGAUUUAUUUUAGGGUCAUCAGAGAAUUUGCUGACAUUUUUGUGCAUAUUGGCUUAUAGGCUAUGUUAUUCACCAACGGAGGAAGUGGGGACUCAAAAGACUCAGCUAGAUUGCUAACUCUAAAUAUGAUAUUGUUGCUAUAUAGCCUUUUAGGCUUAUUUAUUAAUAUAGCAGUAAACAUCAGCUAAUAUCCUACAAAAACUUUCCAGCACUAGGCCUAGGCUAUGUGAUGUUGGCCUAUUUACUGCACAUGGCGUGCUCUGCAUCAAAACCAUACUACAGCCUCCUCCGGUUGUAAAGUGGUGCCUUGAACUCAAUAUUAAGAAGUGAGAAAUAAAUGAUAUACUCACAAAGCUCUGUCUCUCCUCUCUAACUAGAAUGAUAGUAGAUGCUUUGAAAACUAUUUUUCCCACAAUUACUGUUUGGGCAUUGGUCAUAUGCUUGUGCUUCUCUGAAUGCAUCUCUCUUUCCUCCGUGCGCACAGUGGGGAGAGUGAGUGGACAGGCAGAUACUUUCAUAGCAGGAAUCAGCAUAAUGCAUAGGCUAUUACUGUUGUCCAAAUAAUGGUUUUAGAACAAGCUGCAGAAAAUGACCUACGUAUGCAAAAUGCUUCAGAAAGAGGAAAGCAAUGUCGGUGUCUAAUUUUAGGUUUAUCUUCCUAUGCUCCUUUUGAGACUCCUCUUUCAAAGUCACUGAAAUCUCUUCUAGCCAUGUUAGUCAAAAUAAUAGGCAACUGGGCCUUUAAUACCCUAAGCAUAAUGGGCAGUUAAUUGCUUAAUUAACUCCGGAACCACAUCUGUGUAAAAGCACCUGCUUUCAAUAUACUUUGUAUUCCUCAUUUGCUCAAGUGUUUCCUUUUUAUUUUGGCAGUUUCCUGUAGCUCUCCAUGUACUCACCUAAGAUUGUACUUUUCUAUACCACGUAUCUUAUGACUGUACAAAACCAAAAUUUCCUUAUUUUUGUGCAUAAUACAAAUCUGCCAAUGGUAUACAUACUUGAUAGAACUGUAAUACAGAACUCAGAUACUCUACACCGAGAGCUGUAUUGGUGUAUUAUCCAAAAAAAGUAGUUAUUGUAGGGAAAAUCUUUAAAAAAGUUGCGAUAUCAGGUUUCUCUAGAGACAUAAUAUUAAGUAAUGCAUAUCAUCAUAGGGUGGAGGGGGACCUGUUGCAGGGAUCUUGUCCUGAAAGACGGACUACCUGCAGAGAUGGAGCACCUUAUGUACUCGCCUUGGUUAUAACUGGUUAUUCCUAGGUAUGCGCGUAUACAAAAUCCAAAUGACAAUUGAUAUAGUUGCAGUCAAAACACCUUUUUAUAAAAGUCUGUCAGUGGUAUGAAUACUUGGUAGAACUGUAAUACAGAAACCAGCUAUUCUCUGAAUGUACAUGUAGUGCUGUAUUGGUGUGUAUUCUCUGGAGAAAAAAAAUAUUCAAUGGAAAUGCUAUAUAAAUACCAGAAUUCCUACAGAUAUGGGAUCUUAAUUUGAGAUGGUUUGCUACAUCAGGAAAGUGAUCCUGCAGCAACAGGAAAUGUGAAUUAUUAUGUGGAUUAUAAUUAAUGGACAUUUUUAUAGGGGUUGAUAAAUCUUUUAAAGCAAAUCAAGUCUGAAUUUUUAUGAGUAAAUUAUGAACUUUAGAAUCCUUUUUAAACCUCAAAUACUCUACCAGUUAACAUUACCUGCUGUGCAGGAAGUGUCCUGCAACAACAGGGUGAUCAAAUUAAGAUCCUACAUCUGUAUAAUAUUUUAAAUGUGUCACUUGUUGAGAUAUUUUGGUUGCUAUACAAUUUGAUUUAAUGUGACUGAGGAUUUGGGCUUACUCUUUUAAGCAUGCAUUAACCCCUACCACUCCCAUUGUUUCGCUAACAGUUGGUAAUCCACAUAUGUAAAAUAUGUUGGAAGCUUGAGGAUUCUCUGCAAGAGACACAAAAAGAAAAGGAAACCUCUCCCAUAUGGAAUGUUGCUUGAUCUGCAUCUUAUUUUAUCAAUAGAAAAGAAAGUAGAGUGGAUGUAAAAGAGCAAUGGACAAUGUAAAGUGUUUUUUGGGGGUCAUGAUUUAAUUGUAAUUUUGUGUGUGGAUCUGUCUUGAAAUCUCGGGAUUUCUGUUGGAAAACAACCCAGAGAAGAUGUUGUGCAUCAGUUACAAUUUUACAUUAGGCUGCAAUCAGGCUUAUAUAUAAAAAUAAAAAAAUGGUGAUUUACUUUCUAGUUGUUUUUCCUCAGAACUGUCCUCAUUGUUUUUCAUAGGAAUUUGUACAGACACACACAUUAUUUUUGAACAAUGUCAACAAACAUUUUCAACCAUAAAAUUGAAAAGUAGAUAUUUUUUGGGGCUUGGCCCUGGGAGAGAAUAACCAGAAUGUGAAAACGAAGUAUAAAAUCUAAUAUUUCACUGGUUUUUACCUGGCUGCAAAUUAACUGUUUAUUUCCUGUAGACAUGUCUGGUAAUGCUUAGUUUAUACUGUUGUUUUUUUCUUCCCAAAGGAAUAAACCACAGCUAUUUUGUAAUGAAUGCAGCACAGUCUUGGUUCAUUGUGUGAUAACAUGUUUUGUAUUCAUACCACUUGACUCCACAUUUUGUUAGUCGGAAUUCAAAAUGGAUUAAAUUGAUUUUUAUCACCAAUCUACACACACUACUACCCCAUAAUGACAAAGUGAAAACAUGUUUUUAGAAAUGUUUGCAAAUUUAUUGAACAUAAAAUACAGAAAUAUCUCCUAUACAUAAGUUCACACCCGUAAGUCAGUACAUGUUAGAAUCACCUUUGACAGCGAUUACAGCUGUGAAUCUUUCUGGGUAAGUCUCUAGGAGCUUUGCACACCUGAAUUGUACAAUGUUUGCACAUUUCUUUUUACAUUUCUUCAAGCUGUGUCAAAUUGGUUGUUGAUCAUUGCUAGACAGUCAUUUUCAAGUCUUGCCAUGGAUUUUCAAGGAAAUGUAAGUCAAAACUGUUAACUAGGAACAUUCAAUGUCCUCUUGGUAAGCAACUCCAGUGUAUAUAUUUGGCGUUACGUUUUAGGGGAUUGUCCUGCUGAAAGGUGAAUUUGUCUCCCAGUGUCUGUUGAAAAGCAGACCGAACCAGGUUUUUCUCUAGGAUUUUGCCUGUGCUUAGCUCUAUUUGUUAUUUUUAACCUAAAGUCCCCAAUCCUUGCAGAUGACAAGCAUAGCCAUAUCAUGAUGCAGCCACUACCUUGCCUGAAAAUAUGAAAGGGUACACCGUAAUGAGUUGUGUUGGAUUUGCACCAAACAUAACACUUUGUAUUCAGGACAUAAAGUGAUUUCUUUUGCAGUUGUACUUUUGUGCCUUAUUACAAACAGGAUUAAUAUUUGUACUUAUUUCACUGCCAUUUAGGUUAGUGUUGUGGAGUAACUACAAUGUUGUUGAUCUAUCCUCCAGUUUUCUCCUGUCACAGCCAUUAAACUCUGUUUUAAAGUCA